CGCAGACAUGGCAGUAGCCCAGGAGCUGUACGGUUUCCCGGCCUCCAAGCUGGACUCCUUUGUGGCUCAGUGGCUGCAGCCAACCAGAGAAUGGAAAGAAGAGGUCCUGGACACUGUGCAGACUGUGGAACAGUUCCUGAGGCAGGAGAACUUCCAUGGAGAACGUGGACUGGCCCGGGAUAUGCGAGUGCUCAAGAUACUCAAGGUAGGCUGCUUUGGGAACGGCACAGUGCUCAGGAGUACCACAGACGUGGAGCUGGUGGUGUUCCUGAGCUGUUUCCACAGCUUCCAGGAAGAGGCCAAGUACCACCAAGCUGUUCUGAGACUGAUACAGAAAAGAAUGUCUUACUCCCGGAACCUGCUAGAUCUUGGGCUCAGAAACCUGAGCGUGACUGAUGAAGUACCCAGUAGUCUCAUCUUCACGAUCCAGACCAGGGAGACCUGGGAGCCCAUCACUGUCACCAUCGUGCCUGCCUACAGAGCCCUGGGCCCUUCCCAUCCCAACUCCGAGGUCUAUGUGAAUCUGAUCGAGGCUAAUGGGUACCCAGGAAAUUUCUCUCCAUCCUUCAGCGAGCUGCAGAGAAACUUUGUGAAGCAUCGGCCAACUAAGCUGAAGAGCCUCCUGCGGUUGGUCAAACACUGGUACCAGAAGUAUGUGAGAGACAAGUGUCCCCGGGCCAACCUGCCCCCGCUCUAUGCCCUGGAGCUGCUAACUGUCUACGCAUGGGAAGCAGGCACCCAGGAGGAUGCAAACUUCAGGCUGGAUGAAGGCCUAGCCACGGUGAUGGAGUUGAUUCAAGAUCAUGAGCUGAUCUGCAUCUACUGGACCAAGUACUACACGCUGCAGCACCCAGUCAUCAAGGCCUUUGUCAGGGGACAGCUCAAAGGAGAAAGGCCCAUCAUCCUGGAUCCGGCAGACCCCACCCACAAUGUGGCAGAAGGCUACAGAUGGGAUAUAGUCGCUCAGCGGGCCAACCAGUGUCUGAAACAGGACUGUUGCUAUGACAACAGGGACACCCCAGUCCCCAGCUGGACUGUGAAGAGAGCGCCCGAUAUCCAGGUGACCGUGCAGCAGUGGGGUCACUCCGAUUUAAUCCUCUGGGUGAACCCUUACGAACCCAUAAAGAGACUGAAAGAGAAAAUCCGACUGAGGAGGGGCUACUCCGGCCUGCAGCGUCUAUCCUUUCAGGAGCCCGGAGGCCAACGGCAGCUCAUCAGAAGCCAGUGCUCGCUUGCCUAUUACGGAAUCUUCUCCGACACUGACAUCUGCCUGCUGGACACCAUCUCCCCCGAAAUCCAGGUCUUCGUGAAAAACCCAGAUGGUGGGAGUCAUGCCUAUGCGAUCCACCCACUUGACUUCGUCCUGAGCCUGAAGCAGCAGAUCGAAGACAGGCAGGGCCUUCGGAGCCAGGAGCAGCAGCUGGAGUUCCAGGGCCACGUCCUGGAAGACUGGUUUGACUUUAAAUCCUAUGGCAUCCAAGACAGUGUCACGAUCAUCCUGUCCAAGAAGAGGGAGGUGACAGCUCCAUUUGCACCCAGCUAGCUUCCUCUGUCAAUGGCUCUGCCUUUAUUGCUAUCUCCUUCUAGAUUCAGCCUAGUCGCCGCUCCUUCCAGUCCUCUGUCGGGAUGGUCUGAGUCUUCCCCUCCUUCCGGUCCUUGGCCAGAGUGCGUCACCACUGCCUGGCACAAGUAACUCUGCCAGCAAGGAGCCAGAAGGGACGUGAGAAAUCGUGUACAGCCGGACACUAGCCAGACAAUGGAAUUCUGCAGUCACCUGAGAAGUCAUACCAGGAUCUCUGCCAUCCUCAUGACUACGCUGUCAAGACUGGGUCAGUGAACGGCUGCAAACUAUUCUCGCUUGUUCAGAAGAAGCCAAACAAUCUUCCUAACCAAUCACACGGAUCCUGUCUCAGGUUGUCCCACCUCCAAAUUUUCCACACCAGCAACCUCCUUCAGGGGGGAUCUGUGUCCCAACCACUUCUGCCUGCCUCCAACUAUUCAAGGCAAGGUAGGGUAUCAAGUUCCUUUCAAAUGGAGAAUAAACAACCUUUGUUUCUUCCAA